UAUGCGUGCACAGCACGUGCCUAAGAGGUUUUAGAUCACCUUCCUCUCUCACUCUAAACCCUCUCUGUUCACCCCUAAAACCCUCCUCCUUCUCAUGUCAUGUACAGCUUGCCAGACCUUCAAAUUUCUUCCUCAAACUACAGAAAUGCAGAAACCCACCAUGAAUUAACCAAACCCAUUUCGCAUUUCCACCUCCUCCAAAGCUCCUACCCUUAACCCUAACCUCAAUCACCACUCUGAGACCCAUUUCACCAUGAGACGCCACCUCAUCUCUUCCUCCUAUUCUCCUCUCUUCUCUCUUCAAAUUUCCCACCUCUUGCGCUCUUCUUCAUCAGCCAAGCAUUUCAGCACUUACUACAAUUCUUCAAGACGAGACGAGGAGAUUCGGAACGUGAGGGUUUCGGUGUGGUGGGACUUCGAGAAUUGCCAUUUGCCUGCCACCGUCAAGCCCUUCAAGGUCGCCGGUACGAUCACGGCGGCCGUCAGGGCCAAUGGGAUUAAGGGUCCUAUUCAAAUCAACGCUUUUGGGGACAUGUUUCAGCUAUCAAGACUCAACCAGGAGGCAUUGUCCUCUACAGGGAUUAAUCUCACUCACGUUCCUAGCGGUGGAAAGAACAGUGCGGAUAGGUCUCUCUUGGCAGAUCUUUUGUACUGGGUGUCUCAAAAUCCCCCUCCAGCACAUCUAUUUUUAAUUUCUGGUGAUAGAGACUUUUCUAGCAUUUUACACAAGUUAAGAAUGAACAACUACAAUAUAUUGCUAGCUAGUCCAGAAAAUGCACCUGGUGUCCUUUGUAGUGCUGCAAGUAUCAUGUGGCCUUGGCAUGAUCUGCUUAUGGGUGAAAAUCUCACAGGAAGGUAUUUCAACCAACCACCUGAUGGUCCCUAUGGUUCUUGGUAUGGCCAUUACAAGGCGCCUCUUGAAGACCCAUUCACAUUCACUGAGCAGCCAGCAGUUUCCCAGGCUGAAAGGCUACCUGAACCUGGUUCUGAUUCUAAACUUCAAAUGAUUCCUACUGGCUCAGAAUGUAAGCCUUCUCCAAUUCCUAAAGCUGUCGUGAAGCAAAUUCGCCAUAUAUUGAAGUUACACCCUAAAGGAAUCUCUAGUUCUGAACUUCGUGCACAGUUGGAAAAAUAUAAUGUGAGCUUGGAAAGACCAUACUAUGGAUAUAAAAAGUUUUCCUGCUUUCUUGCAUCAAUGCCUGAUAUUUUGAGGCUCAAGCCAGUAGGUUAUGGAAAUUAUAUGAUACACGGUGUCACCCCAAAAUCAGCUGAGUCAUUCAAGCGGAAUCCAGGUGAUAGUGAUAAAGGACACCAGUUGGAUUGUGAGGACACAUCUACUAGUGAUACUGUGAGUAGAAAGUUAUCAUUACCUACAUCUCCUGAACCAAAGUUGAAGGAGCCUUAUCAAGAAUUGCAACAGCCCAUUUUACUCAAUAAUACUUUUACUAGUCCUGUGGAUGGGAAGUCACUGUCGCCUCCUGCCCCUGAGAAACUUUCUUCCAUUGAUGAGAAGUCACUAUCCCCUCAUUCUCCUGACCAUAUGAAGCCUUUUCUAGGGCCGAUUGAUGAAAAAGGUGUUGGAGUAGCUGAAGCACAAGAAACUGAGCCUGAUUUGCCUCCUGCAGUUGUACAAGAAUUUGAGUCUGAUGUUGGUUAUUUUAAGAGGAUUUGGAGAAACUGGUUUGGCAGUAGAGCUGACGUUUCAGGUACUAGUCACAACAAUCAAGAACAAAAACACACUUCUGGAGAUGGUACCGAGAAGGAAGGUCAUGAAACUCUUGAGAAGCAUUGUAUGAAUGUUGAUAACUCUGGAAAGGGAACAUGUGAGGAAAAGACAUCUACGAGUCAGCUUGGUGAUCCAGUACCUCCAGCCUCAUCUUCUUCAUCCCAUAAUGAAUCUGCCCUGGACAGUAAAACUGCAACAAGCUCUGAAGCGAAUGCUGAUAAAUCAAAUCCAGGGUUUUUUAACCAGAUGGUAAAUUGGUGUAAAUUUUGGAGAAGUAACCCGAGUGAUCAAUCCUGUGACAGAGCGAAGCUGAUGGAAUCUCACUCUCAAGAGCACAAGCUCUUCUCGAAUUCUUUUUGGGGAGACAUGGAAUCUUUUAUGAUCACGCCUAAAGGAUCAGUUAUUGUCUCUGAAUCAAGGACCAGGGAAGAGAUGGCUCUCAAUCUUCAAAAGGAAGGGCCUUUGGUUCUUAGAUCUCUUGCAAAGAGUGAUCUCCUUCAGUUGGUAGAUUUGUUAAUAUCAGAAAAGAAAUGGGUGGAAGAAUGCCCCUCCCAAACGUUACCAUUCAAACUUGCCCAACGUGAGGGAGAGACAUCUUUGAAUCAUUCCCAUCAUUCAAGUAGGUUGAGUUCCAUCUUUUCAGGAAGACCAUCCAAAGAUGAAAUGCAGAGAACACCAGGACAUGAUGGAGAGGAAAAAUGCAAGAAUAUUCCUCAUACUGGAGUUUCACUACCUUUCGUCAAGAAUCCUCUUUCAGAAGAGUCUAGAAAUGAGAUACUAGCUGACUGCCAGAAGCUUGUAAACGAGAAGUUAAAGGAGUUUCCAAAUGGAUAUAGCAUUGGAUUAUUCAGAAAACAAUUCCGUGAUAGAUAUGGGUACCACCUCGAUUUGAAAAUGCUUGGUUACGAAAAGUUGGCAAAUCUACUAGAAACAUUGGAUGGAGUAAAAGUAGGGUCUUCUUUCAUCUUUCCUCUUUAUAAGGUUCCUGAAGUUUUUGAUAGGGAGACUGUUCCUGAAAUCAAGAAACAUACGGUCAGUCAUCCCGUGGUUAAUUCAGAUAAUCAAUUUUCUGGUUCAAGAAAGGAAGAUGAGAGUGUCUCACUGUGGGAUGAGCUGGGCCCUGUUAGCAACACUACAUUUAAUAAAAAUGUAGUGGAAGUAGCACCAAGGAGGAAAGAAAUGGGAUCAGCAGGUUUUGAUUAUGAACCAUCCGUUUCAGAAUUUUCAGAUUCAGAUGGAGAGGCAUCGCCUGGAACUGCAUUGGAAGGACAAGGCAUGGGCAGAGUGAACAAGGAAGAGAGCUCUCUCUUGCAAAUCCUUGAUUCGUGGCAUAGCAGUAAGGACAACUCAAAGACGGUUGAUAACAGUCAGGCAUCUCCUUCAUCUGGAGUUGGCACUAAUCUGGGAUACUAUUCACGCAAGUCAACACCUGCAAAGAUCUACAAUUUUGUUUCAGAAGUAUCUGUUGAUGACAAGGACAAGAAACCAAGUGAACCGAGGAUGGAAAGCUAGGUGGUUGAAAGGAAUGAACCUUACUACUCAAGAGAAAGCAUCGCUCUAUUUAGGUUAAUAAGAUAUUUAUGAUCUAGGUAUUCAGUGAAGAUAUUCCCACAUGCGUUACUUUCCACAGGUUAGGGUUUAAUUAACAGAUUCGAUUUUUAAAGAAAUUAUUUAGCCAUAAUGCGGCUUGUAGUCCCAAGAGUAGAUUUUGAAUCAUAGCCUAAUAUUGAGAGAGACUACUCUUGCCUUGUCAGCAUGAUUAGUUGCUGACAGUAGUAUUCCAA